GACAAAUGCUGGCUGCAAUCCAGCCAGCCCUCUGCCCUUUCCUGAGCCCGAGGGACUGCCACCUCCACUGUGUGCACGCUUGGCUACAGGACACGUUUCAGGUAUCCAAGGCAGCAGAGGUGAGUGGGUCCCCUGAGCUCCGUGACCUUAUGCUCCACACUAACUCUGGCAGAGCCUCUGUUUCCUCAUAGAACAAAGAACAGCCGCCAUGCAGCUCUUCCUCCUCUUGUGCCUGGUGCUUCUCAGCCCUCAGGAGGCCUCCCUUCACCGCCACCACCCCCGGGAGACGAAGAAGAGAGUCAAGGACCUCCAUGUAGGUGCCACGGUGGCCCCCAGCAGCAGAAGGGACUUUACGUUCGACCUCUACAGGGCCUUGGCUUCUGCUGCCCCCAGCCAGAACGUCUUCUUCUCCCCUGUGAGCAUCUCCGUGAGCCUGGCCAUGCUCUCCCUGGGGGCUGGGUCCAGCACAAAGAGGCAGAUCCUGGAGGGCCUGGGCCUCGACCUCCAGAAAAGCUCAGAGGAGCAGCUGCACAGAGGCUUUCAGCAGCUCCUGCAGGAGCUCAACCAGCCCCGAGAUGGCUUCCAGCUGAGCCUCGGCAAUGCCCUUUUCACCGACCUGGUGGUGGACGUGCAGGACACCUUCAUGAGUGCCAUGAAGACGCUGUACCUGGCAGACUCUUUCCCCACCAACUUUGGGGACUCUGCGGGAGCCCUGAAGCAGAUCAAUGAUUAUGUGGCAAAGCAAACGAAGGGCAAGAUUGUGGACUUGCUUAAGAACCUCGACAGCAACGCAGUCAUGGUCAUGGUGAAUUACAUCUUCUUUAAAGCUAAGUGGGAGACAAGCUUCAACCACAAAGGCACCCAAGAGCAAGACUUCUACGUGACCCCGGAGACUGUGGUGCGGGUACCCAUGAUGAGCCGCGAGGACCAGUAUCACUACCUCCUGGACCGGAACCUCUCCUGCAGGGUGGUGGGGGUCCCCUACCAAGGCAAUGCCACGGCUUUGUUCAUUCUCCCCAGUGAGGGAAAGAUGCAGCAGGUGGAGAAUGGACUGAGCGAGAAAACACUGAGGAAGUGGCUUAAGAUGUUCAAAAAGAGGCAGCUCGAGCUUUACCUUCCCAAAUUCUCCAUUGAGGGCUCCUAUCAGCUGGAUAAAAUCCUUCCCAAGCUGGGGAUCAGUAAUGUCUUCACCUCCCACGCUGACCUGUCCGGCAUCAGUAACCACACUAAUAUCCAGGUGUCUGAGAUGGUGCACAAAGCUGUGGUGGAGGUGGAUGAGUCGGGAACCAGAGCAGCGGCAGCCACGGGGACAAUCUUCAUGUUCAGGUCGGCCCGCCUGAGCUCUCAGAAGAUAGUGUUCAACAGGCCUUUUCUGAUGUUCAUUGUGGAUAAUGACAUCCUCUUCCUUGGCAAAGUGAACCGCCCCUGAGGUGGGGCUUCUUAAAUCUACACGCCUCAGGGUGGGAGAUGAAGGUGGCUAUGCUAUGGCCCAUCUGUAUGCUGGUAGCUAGUGAUUUACACAGGUUUAGUUGAUUAAUGAGGCAUUACAAAUAAUAUUACUCUUUGAUGAUUGCUUCCACCCACACAACUGCAAGACACAGGUGCCUUGGGGAAAUUUGGAGAACAUUCAAUCUCGCCCUCACUCUUCAUCAAUGAAGAUUAGCACUGAGAUCCAGAGAGGCUGGAUGACUUGCUCAAGU